AUGAAAACAAAUUUACCAGCGUUUUUUCGUACCAUAUUUCUAGCAAUUGAAUUAAAUAGUGGCGCUGAAAAAUGUGCGCGUAAACUACUUAAAAUGAAUGCAUCUCUUGGACAAGAAACGGAAAUAUGUCAGAUAAUUAUUGAUAAUUGUGCGCAAAGACGAAGGUAUGAACCUUUUCUUGGUUUACUUGGUCAACGUCUUUGUUUACUAAAAUCAGAAUAUGCUGAAUGCUUUGAAAAAGCUUUUCAUGAUUGUGCCGAUAUUGAUGGCACGCUCCGAUGA